AAGACAAUUAUCCGCCAUGUCCUUCGGGUUUGGUAAACAUCUCAUUAAGCCAUCAGUUACCUUCUUGAAGACCGAAUUAUCCUUUGCCUUUGUGAAUAGAAAACCAGUGGUACCUGGACAUGUGUUGGUUUGUCCACUGCGACCUGCAAAACGUUUUAGGGAUCUGUGGCCUGAAGAAGUUAGUGACCUUUUUACCACUGUACAAAGAGUUUCGAAUGUCGUGGAGACCCACUUUGGUGGCACUUCUUUAACCAUUUCAAUCCAGGAUGGCCCAGAUGCUGGACAGACUGUCAGUCAUGUUCAUGUGCACAUUCUACCCAGGAGACCUGGAGACUUUGAAAGAAAUGAUAAAGUAUAUGAAAUUUUGCAAGAACAUGACAAGGAAGGACAGGACUCUCCAGACAAAUGGAGAACAGAAGACGACAUGGAAAGAGAAGCUGCAUCGCUUAGGAAAUACUUUUAAGUCUUUUCGACAUACUCCUGUACUAAAGUAGUAGAGAAUUGUG